GAGACAUGAGUUCCACUAUAAAGCACAGAAGGUGAGAGGCGGAAGAAAACAGUUUGUACCAAUAAUUGGAUGCUGAAGCUGAAGUUGCAUUAGGUUUCGAGUCUGUUGGUGGAAUCCCUGGAUUGAACUAUGAAGUCAAUACAAGUCAUAGCUAUAUGUGGGCUUUUCCUGCUCCUGUGCACAGAAAUUGAGAGUUACCGGAUACGGAAGAGAGAGACUCCCACGUACGUGAAACAGGUGGAGGACUUUGUGGUUUCUUCUUGGGAACACGUCAGCUCCAAGACACAGGAGUUAGUUGAGAAUGCAAAAUCUACAGUUCCAGACACAAUAAAAGAGUACUAUGACAAAGGGACAUCUGCUGUGACAACUUACACCAACAUCCUGUAUGACCAAGUGUACCACUUGUUGUAUCCACAAUGAGCAGGAACUUCAAAACCAGUCCAAACACUAAUUCCUCAAUUAUACAGGAGCGUUACGUGGAUAUUACAAGUCCAUCCCUUUUAGAUCAACAGUCUGUUAUUAUUAAUUUUACAUUUAUAUCUGUAUAAACAUCAAUACUCUAGUAACUGCCUUCUUUUAACUCCAACAAAAAUAAAUUGUUUUGUUUCUAGAAGCGCUUAUUUUUGUCUUUUUCUAAAUGUAUUUUUGUUUGUAUAUAAAGAUGUACUACUUGAAUAAAGAUUGUAACUUUUUUUAAUGUAAUGGUAAUCUUUAAAACAAGUAUUUUAAUUUCCCGUAAAGAUAACAAAUGGAGAGCAAAAAUAUUAGUGAUAUUGUGCAUAAACAAUGCUUGAGUGAGUACAAUCAAUACUUCUAUUUUUGUGCUCAUAAUAAAAGUCCAAAGUUAUUCUUUAUUAGUGAUAGUCUAGGGUGCACUAGCAUCUGCAUGUCGGAUAGUGAGGGUUUGUUAAAUAGAAUUUUAUGGGACAUACAGUAAAAUUCAUGUUGGAUAUCACUCGAUCGAUAAGACAAUAUUGCGCUAAGCUGAUGGUGGCCUGUAAGGGUUGUAACCUCGACCACUGUUAGGAGUUACACAUGGUGCAGGGUGUACAAGAAGGAAAAUGAAUAGUACUAUUUGGAGAAACAAUACCCUGCGUAACUUAUAAAUAUCCAGGAAAAAAUGGCUGAGGUGGCAACUCUGUUCCUGUGCAGAUUGUGAGAAUUUAGUGAAGUUCUUUGUGUAGUUCUGCACUAUACUUUUAAUAAUAAUGGUUUAUUCAAGGUCUCAAAAUUUGCUAAAUUUUACAGCAGUAUUUUGGAUUGCACAUAAGUGCAACACAUUCUGUAACUCACCACUUGUAAUAUAAGAGAAAUGGGUGCACUAAUAGCACUCCCUGCACUAUUCAUUAAAAUUAUGGGGAACACUAAAAAUGUUUCAGCUGUGUUAAGAUGCUCUUGUUAAAAUUUGUAACCAUCUACUUGUAAUAUUAGAUUUGCUUUAUUCUUACUGCAAGACCAAGCACAAGAUAACACAACCGUACUUACCAUUGCGCUCCACUUGUAUCCUUAGAAUUUGUUUUCAAUAAAACCUUUUAUUAUCA